AUGGGGACCCUGCUUGGUGGCCUGCUGGCAUUUGGCAUGGCGUUUGCCGUGGUCGACGCCUGCCCCAAGUACUGCGUCUGCCAGAACCUGUCUGAGUCACUGGGGACCCUCUGCCCUUCCAAGGGGCUGCUCUUCGUGCCCCCUGACAUCGACCGGCGGACGGUGGAGCUACGUCUGGGGGGCAACUUCAUCAUCCACAUUGGCCGCCAGGACUUCGCCAACAUGACAGGGCUGGUGGACCUGACCCUGUCGAGGAACACCAUCAGCCACAUCCAGCCCUUCUCCUUCCUGGACCUCGAGAGCCUCCGUUCCCUGCACCUCGACAGCAACCGGCUGCCCAGCCUUGGGGAGGACACCCUGCGGGGCCUGGUCAACCUGCAGCACCUCAUCGUGAACAACAACCAGCUGGGCGGCAUUGCCGAUGAGGCCUUCGAGGACUUCCUGCUCACGCUGGAGGACCUGGACCUCUCCUACAACAACCUCCACAGCCUGCCCUGGGGCUCCGUGCGGCGCAUGGUCAACCUCCACCAGCUGAGCCUGGACCACAACCUCCUGGACCACAUCGCCGAGGGCACCUUUGCUGACCUGCAGAAACUGGCUCGCCUCGACCUCACGUCCAACCGGCUGCGGAAGCUGCCCCCCGACCCCAUCUUCGCCCGCUCCCAGGCCUCCGCCCUGACGGCCACGCCCUUUGCUCCACCUUUGUCCUUUAGUUUUGGGGGGAACCCACUGCACUGCAACUGCGAGCUGCUCUGGCUGCGGCGGCUGGAGCGGGACGAUGACCUGGAGACCUGCGGCUCCCCGGGGGGCCUCAAGGGCCACUACUUCUGGCACGUGCGCGAGGAGGAGUUUGUGUGUGAGCCGCCUCUCAUCACCCAGCACACACACAAGCUGCUGGUUCUGGAGGGCCAGGCAGCCACGCUCAAGUGCAAGGCCAUCGGGGACCCCAGCCCCCUCAUCCACUGGGUGGCCCCCGAUGACCGCCUGGUGGGGAACUCCUCAAGGACCGCCGUGUACGACAACGGCACCCUGGACAUCCUCAUCACCACGUCUCAGGACAGCGGCGCCUUCACCUGCAUCGCGGCCAACGCCGCCGGGGAGGCCACAGCCAUGGUGGAGGUCUCCAUCGUCCAGCUGCCACACCUCAGCAACAGCACCAGCCGCAAUGCUCCCCCCAAGUCCCGCCUCUCGGACAUCACGGGCUCCAGCAAGACCGGCCGGGGAGGUGGAGGCAGUGGGGGCGGGGAGCCGCCCAAAGGCCCCCCAGAACGCGCUGUGCUUGUGUCCGAUGUGACGACCACCUCGGCCCUGGUCAAGUGGUCGGUCAGCAAGUCAGCGCCCCGCGUGAAGAUGUACCAGCUGCAGUACAACUGCUCCGACGAUGAGGUACUGAUCUACAGGAUGAUCCCAGCCUCCAACAAGGCCUUCGUGGUCAACAACCUGGUGUCAGGAACCGGCUACGACCUGUGUGUGCUGGCCAUGUGGGACGACACGGCCACGACGCUCACGGCCACCAACAUUGUGGGCUGUGCCCAGUUCUUCACCAAGGCCGACUAUCCCCAGUGCCAGUCAAUGCACAGCCAGAUCCUGGGCGGCACCAUGAUCCUGGUCAUCGGCGGCAUCAUCGUGGCCACGCUGCUGGUCUUCAUCGUCAUCCUCAUGGUGCGCUACAAGGUCUGCAACCAGGAGGCCCCGGGCAAGCUGGCGGCCACUGCGGUCAGCAAUGUGCACUCGCAGACCAACGGCGCCCCGCCACCCACUCUGGCCAGUGCACCCAGCACAGCCCCCAUGCAGGGGCCACCCAAGGUGGUGGUGCGCAGUGAACUUGUGCAGUUCAGUGCCAACCUGGCUCGGGGCAGCGACUCCUCUUCCUCCAGCUCCCUGGGCAGCGGGGAAGCCGCAGGGCUGGGACGGGGCCCCUGGCGGCUCCCACCCCCUGCCCCCCGCCCCAAGCCUAACCUUGACCGCCUGAUGGGGGCCUUUGCCUCCCUGGACCUCAAGAGUCAGAGAAAGGAGGAGCUGCUGGACUCCAGGACUCCAGGCGGGAGAGGGUCUGGGACAUCGGCCAGGGGCCACCACUCGGACCGAGAGCCACUGCUGGGGCCUCCUGCCGCCCGGGCCAGGAGCCUGCUCCCCUUGCCCCUGGAGGGCAAGGCCAAGCGCAGCCAUUCCUUCGACAUGGGGGACUUUGCUGCUGCAGCUGCAGCAGCCGGAGGGGUCGCCCCUGGUGGCUAUAGCCCCCCUCGGAGGGUCUCGAACAUCUGGACAAAGCGCAGCCUCUCUGUCAACGGCAUGCUCUUGCCCUUUGAGGAGAGUGACCUGGUGGGGGCCCGGGGAACUUUUGGCAGUUCCGAGUGGGUGAUGGAGAGCACGGUGUAG